CUGGGGGUCUUAACAUCCUAAGAAUCCCCCGACAUCAAGUCAUCGAGUGUCAUAUUCUAAAUUAUCGGCGGCACCUAUGAUUCCCAUGAAUUAUUAGAUAUGUUCUUUAUAAUUUAAUUUAUUACAUAUGUACGAAGCAUCAACUGCUUGAAAAUAGUAAAAUAACAAAAAAUUCAUGUUUCGGUGCAUUUGCUAUACCUGGUGGACGAAAUAUAGACAAGUUUCAGUCAAGUCUGUAGUAAAUUACCCAGCUAAUGCUCACAUGGAGAGAAAAAAUUGUCAGCGUCUUUCGUAUGAGAAAGCAGUAAAACAGUUGAACACAAUUCAAACGACGAAGAGGAAGGAUGGGAAAAUAGAAAACCGCUUCCACACUCCAUUAACACAAAAGGAGAAGUUUGAUGAGCUAAGAGAUUUUCCGAUGGAGAAGUUUGAUAAUCUUUUUGCCAUACAUGUUGCUGGAACAAAAGGAAAAGGAUCUGUUUGUGCUUUUUGUGAGAGCAUUUUGAGGCACAGUGGGUGUAAAACUGGAUUUUAUAGUUCACCUCAUUUGUUUGAAGAGGAAAGAAUUCGAAUUAAUGGAAGACCGCUUUCUCAAGAAACUUUUACUCAUUAUUUUUGGGAAUGUUGGACAAAAUUUACAGUUGAGAAAAAAUAUUAUACUCGAUUCCUUACAUUUAUGGCAUUUCAUGUUUUUCUACAAGAGAAAGUUGAUGUUGCUGUUAUUGAGGUUGGUUGUGGUGGAGAGUACGAUACAACGAAUCUUCUCAGAAAACCAGUGGUUUGUGGCAUAACACUGUUAGAUAAUGAUCACAUAGAUACUCUUGGUGGCACAAUGGAGAGUAUUGCAUGGCAUAAAGCGGGAAUAUUCAAGUCAGGUGUUCCUGCAUUCACAGUGCCUCAAGAUUUAUCCUGUAUAAAAGUUCUUGAAGACAGAGCUGAAAACAAAGGGAUCAAUUUAAAAGUUGUUUCAGAUUUACCAAGAAAUUCUGAUGGCUUAUAUCCUAAUUUAGGUAUUGAAGGAAAACAUCAAUACCAGAAUGCAUCCCUGGCAACACAUCUUUGUCAAGCUUGGAUUGAACGAAAAUCUGUUUUAGCUCAAAAUCAAGAGAAGAACGUAUCUCAGUCAUCAAUAUUCAGUUCCCUACUAUCUGUAGCAAAAAAUUUUCCAAUGCCACCCUCAUUUCAAAAAGGUCUCGAGAAGGCUUUUUGGCCUGGUAGAACCCAAUGUGUCAAAAAAGAUCACUGUAUAUUUUAUCUUGAUGGUGCACAUACAAGGAAAAGUGUUGAGGCAUGUGUAGAAUGGUUUUGUGAGAAAUCAGCAGUGGAUCAAUUAGAAAUGAGUAAUAGUUCCACUAGCAAGGUUUUACUGUUCAAUUUUAAAGGAAAUAGAAAUGGAAGGUCUUUACUUGAGCCAUUAAUUAAAUGUAACUUUGACUUCGCUGUCUUUUGUCCUAAUAUUCUCAGCAAUGAGCAUCAAUAUUCAUCUGUUGACACGUUAAGAUUAUCUCAAAAUUAUGAAGAAGAUAAAAAACAAUGUUACAGAAAUGAAGAGAUAUGGAGACUACUCCAUCCCAGUUAUUGUCCACCAUCAAAGGUUUUUCCUUGUGUCUCAGAUGCUAUAGUUUGGUUACUUAACUAUCCAUCUUCACUGCUUGGCAAACACCAUGCAUCUUGUAAUGAAAGCAUUUCUCUACACAAACACAAGCAAGUAUUUGUAACUGGAAGUUUGUAUUUAGUGGGUAUGGUAUUAAAAUCAUUGGAAUGCGACCAUGUAUAAUAUUUUAUAACUGUUGAAAUUCUCAAAGUAAUGGGAAUAUUUAAUGAAUGGGAUAGGUAAAAUUUACAAAAACUAAUCAUUAUAAACAUAUAUGUUUCCCCGGUUUUGAUAUUUUGCAUAGUGCGUAAAAAUGUGUUGAAAAAAAGGCAAUAUACCCCUUAUUUGUCUUUGUGUACUACAUAUUUAGUCAGUGUGCACUCUGCUGUGAACAAAAUUGUUACUAUAACAGAUAUGCUACUUUUGCAAAUUUUCAAUUAUGAAUAAAUAUAUCGAACAUUUUUCUGUAA